AUUUUCCCAAGAAUAAACUGAUCCCAUCCAACGACCAUCACUAUCCGGAACAGUUUGGAACAGUUUGACAGCACCAUAAUAGGUAAACACAGCGAAUGUAAACAAACAUCCCGGUGUCUUGGAAAACUAUUCCCAGAUGCAGGGAAAAACUCGACACACCGUUUCUGAAAGAUCACAGGAAUAGGGAAAAACUAACACCUAAAGUUCAGUAAAAGGUUCGAACAGUAUGUAUCUUAACCUUAACAUCGGCAUACUGGGCCACGUGGACUCGGGAAAGACAACGUUGGCGAGAGCACUGAGCGCAAUUGCUAGUACGGCUGCCUUCGACAAAAAUCCCCAGUCCCAGGAACGGGGCAUAACACUCGAUCUGGGCUUCAGUGCACUGCAGGUGGAUCUGCCAGACCACUUAAGGGAGCAAGCGAUUGCCGAAGGCUAUGAAAAGCUGCAGUACACCUUCGUCGACUGUCCCGGGCAUGCUAGUCUGAUACGAACCAUCAUUGGCGGUGCGCAGAUCAUCGACAUGAUGCUGCUGGUGAUCGAUGCGGAGAAAGGCAUCCAACCACAAACGGCCGAAUGUCUUCUCAUCGGUGAGCUGACGUGCCGGAAGAUGAUCGUGGUGCUGAACAAGAUGGAUGCGCUGCAAGAUCCGGCUCAGCGUACGAAAACGCUAGACCGACUGCGAAAGGGCAUUGCGGGCGUGCUUUCCAAGAUGUCGUUCGAUGCGUCACCGAUCGUGGCCAUUUCUGCGUCGACGGGUGAAAACGUUUCCGCGCUGGUAGAUACGAUGAACGGCAAAUCCUUCAUGCCGCAGCGCGAUAUGGCACUACCGUUUAUGUUUGCCGUUGAUCACUGUUUCGCCAUCAAGGGACAGGGGACCGUCUGUACCGGCACGGUACUGCAGGGCAGGUUGAGCGUGAACGAUGAGGUCGAAAUACCGAAGUUGAAACUGCAGCGCAAGGUCAAAUCGAUACAGAUGUUUCGCAAAAGCUACCAAACCAUUCGGCAGGGCGACCGGGCUGGAAUAUGCAUAACCCAGUUCGAUCCGAAAUCGCUGGAGCGUGGCAUCGUGUGCGUCCCGCACUACGUGCAUUACGUGUACGCGGCAAUCGUGCCACUGCGCAGCGUACGGUACUACAAACGACCGAUCAAAUCGAAGGCAAAGUUUCACAUCACCUGCGGGUAUGAAACGGUCGUGGCCACGGUGCUACUAUUCACCGGUGAAAGCGAAUCCUUCUCCUUCGCACAGCAGUACGAAUACUUGGAGGAGAUAGUCGCCGGCGCCGACAGUACGCAAAGGAACGUUUUUGCGCUGCUAGAAUUUGAAACACCCAUUCUUGCGUGCCACAAUGCGCUCAUCAUUGGUUCGAAGCUGGACAGUGACGUACAUGCGGCCGAUUGCCGGAUAGCAUUUUCGGCUAGGUUGACGGACGUCAUACGGGAUAGCAAGUACGCCGAAACGGUCCUGCCGGAGCAGUUGCAAGUGUACAAGCACAAAAGCAAAAGCGGCACGAUACAGCGUGUAGUCAGCGAGCAUGAGCUGAUCGCGGUAGGACUGUUUAAAAAGGCAGCCAACAACCGGCAAGCAUUCGUGGGGUUGCACAUUACGCUGUCCAGUGGCGAGUGUGGCAUCAUUGAGGACACUUUCGGUGCGAGUGGGAAGGUGAAGCUGCACUUUGCGCAACCCAUUUCGGCCGACGUUUUGGAGCGAUUACGACAGAAGGGCCCAACGACGGGCGGCGAGGAACCGAUCAAAGUGGAACUUAACUUCAAAAAGUUUCUGUUUCGUAAAAAUAUAAAAGACAAAAAAGUGGUUCAAUAAACCAGUUUGUUGAGAGUUUAAAUGCGAUGCAUCGAAUACAGCUUGUGAUAAAUCACUCGUUUUAUAGAGAAAUGUUUUUUUAAUCAUACAAAACCCAGCAUAUGUAUCUUUCAUUCCUUUAUAUUGCAUUUACUUUAAUCAUGAAUGGCUACGCGACAAAAAUAUUACUUGGAAUUUCAAAAAACUUUACCACACUACUACUUUGUGUCUUUGUUCGAACGGUGCUCCCGCAGUGAGCGCACAUUCUCCUCCUACAUGCUACGUUUAGUCAGGGCCUUGCACCGUGUUAAGAAGGAAGACGUCCUCCUCCUUAGUGUUAUUUCCUACACCUACAUCGCCCACUGGUCAGCUUUUCUCUUCUUUUGUCCGCAACUCAGCACACAUCCUCUCUGCCGAUUGAACCGGUUCUUAAUUGCUUUCCAUUUUUGCUCUUUGCUACCACACCUAGCGGCGUCUCUAUUUGUUGUUUUGUGUAUGUGUUGUAAUGGUUGACGACGACUCGGGGUUUAAAUAUAGGAAAAUUUGGCUGUCUCAAACGGAGUGGUUAAAUCUGAGCUACAUUUAAUACAUUUCACGAAAAAUAUAUGCAACGAUCAAUCGCUCAAAUCGACUGUCUCUGAUCGCGCCUGUUGCUUCUACGGGGUUUGGUUUAAUAUUUAUUACUCUGCUAUUACAGGUGUGUGUGUGUGUUGGUAGUUUUGUUUAGAAAACAGAAAUAGUUCAAGUUGUAAUACUAGUAAAUCCAUUUCUCCAUUUUGUUUGCAUACACUCUUUCGCCAUCUUACGUGUGUGUGGGGAGUUUGUAUAUGGUUUGCUUAUAUGGAACGUAUGACUAGAACGAAAUCUUUACUGCUCCCAGAAGGAUUAAAUAAGCUGAUGAUGAUAUUCGCAAGAACCGAUUGAAAUAUCAUUCACCAGAGGAAUGGGAUUUUAAAACGGGUGUAUUCUCGUUUGCCAAACAC